AUUAUUUGCUAGGCCUAGGAAGGGACUGCGCCCCGGGUGAAAUUUGUAGAAUGUCUGUGUGGGUUGGUUCACGUUUGUUAAGAUUCUUGAGCUCUAGUAGGUACUUCAGUCUCAGCACUCUCAAACAAGGUCACAGAUCAAUGGCUACUGGCGCUUCUAACGUAACAUAUCUUGGACAGGAAGCAGCUCAACAGUUUGACAAUGCUCUAUUUUAUGACUAUGAAUAUUCAAUAGAUCAAUUAAUGGAAAUAGCAGGAUUAUGUUGUGCACAAGCAUUGGCUAAGGUGUAUCCAAAGAAACCUUCAAAAGUAUUGAUUGUAUGUGGUCCUGGUAACAAUGGAGGUGAUGGAUUAGCUGCAGCAAGACAUCUUCUCUCUUUUGGUUACAAUGUGAAUAUAUUUUAUCCCAAAAGGACCAAUAAGCCAAUAUAUAACAUUCUCGUGACCCAAUGUACAAAACUAUCCAUUCCAUUCUUGACAGAGCUGCCUUCACCUGAAGAUAUAAAUGCCCAAUACAGUAUUCUGUUAGAUGCUAUCUUUGGCUUCAGUUUUAAAGGCUCUGUACGUUCUCCAUUUGAUCAUGUUUUAUCAGUACUGCAAAAGUGUCAGGUACCUAUUUGCUCUGUGGAUGUUCCUUCAGGAUGGGAUGUAGAAAAAGGUGAUGUGACUGGAAGUGGUCUAAACCCUGACGUGUUGAUUUCAUUAACUUGUCCUAAAAUAUGUGCUAGAUAUUUUACUGGCCGUCACUUUCUUGGAUUACGUGUUGUUCCUCCAGAGCUUGCUCAAAGGUUCAAUGUAAAGUUACCUUCAUAUCCUGGUACUGAUCAAAUAACUGAAAUAUUACCUUAGUUUAACAUUUAGUUUAAUUCAUGUAAUUCUUAAUUUGACAAUAGAAGUCACUUUCUUGUUUGAUUUAAGUUA